AUGGCACCCAAUAGCAUGAUUGGACGAGCAUUGCCUUCUAAAGAUGAUUUAUCAGCUUCUCCAGCUGCUAUAUUCACGGGGGUAUCACUCGAUGGAAAAGAUGCCACUUCUGUGAACAAUGAGGAUGAGAUGGAAGAGGAAGCUCCAGAAAGCAAUCUGACUACCGAACUUUCACUAGGAGAUCUUGGGGUGCUUGGAUUUGGAUCAAGCUCUACUUUAACUGUUACCAAACCAAAUCCUUUUGGUGUUGAAACUGUUGGACCCGUUAGCUCCCAAUUUCAAAUGCCAGUCUCCAGGGGGGGAUGUUCCGACCAGCAUCCUUCAACUUUCAGUCUCCAUUACCUUUGCAGCCAUCAGUUGCAUCAACCUCUAGUCUCUUCUCAAGUGGUUUUAGCAGUGGAGGUGGCAGCUUGGCGCGUUAGCCCACCUGGAAACUGUAGCGCACCGUAUAGUGGGUUUGGUGGCAGUUUUACUGGGUCGCCAAGUGUUGGUUUUGGUUUUGCUGCUGCUACCACACCUGGUGGUGGGUUUGCUGCAUCCGCCGCAUCUGGAGGUGGGUUUGCCAAUGUAGCCAAUCCUGGUGGUGGUGGUGGUUUUGCGGGUGCUGCAACAGCUGGAGGUGGAUUUGCUGCAGCCGCCACAGCAUGCGGAGGGUUUGGAGCUUUAAUUUCUCUGCAUUUGUUAGUAGUUCUGGAGCUGGAAGGCCUCCAUCUGAUCUCUUUACGCAGAUGA